AGCAAGGAAAAAAAUGGCGAACCUCGUGUCUUGCGUGCAGCGGCUUGGGUCGCUGCGUAAGCUGAUAAAGGAAAAACCCAUCGUGCGUGCGAUGGAAUGCCACAGCGGACUGAGUGCACUGAUUGCAGAAAAAGCAAAAGCGGAACGGGCGGACGGGAGCAUCGCCCAAUUUGACGCGUUGUGGUCCAGCUCCUUGACCUCGUCGACGAUAAAGGCAAAACCUGACAUCGAGGUCGUGGACACCAUAUGAACUGCAAAAGUAACGUACUAGUACAAAUUGCAAUACAAAUUGGCUCAGCAUUACAACUUUAAUUUGUAAUGCGGAUUUGCCUUAGGAACUAGAUUUGUAAUGCAUAAACGCAAUUAGUACGAGUACGAUACUUUUACACAGGAUACACCACCCAGAGAAUACAAAUCGUCGAAGAUUGUCUCGAGGUAGAUUAGAUGAAUAGAGCAAUUAGGACAAUUGGACCAAUAAAUGACUCAUAACAAAAUGAUCCAAAUUUUUUUGGCGAAAAAGGUGAUCACCAUGAAACCCGACAUUGAUUUCAUCGACAAAACAGGUGACGACCAAGCCGAUGAUCUACGAUGGAGACACGGGCGGGCUGCCAGAGAUUUUCAAGUUCACGGUUCGCAAACUGGAGUCCCUCGGCGUGUCCGCUUGUAUCAUCGAGGACAAGAGCGGGCUCAAGCAAAACAGUUUGUUCGGCACAGACAGGAAGCAAAACCUUGCGGACAUUCGCGAAUUUUCGCACAAGCUAGCCGUGUAUGAAAUGCAAAAUUGUCUGGGUCUGGAAACUUCUAAUGCUAGAAGUGAAUGAUAGACGCGCCGCAAUACGCAGCUAUGCAUGACAAAUUUUGUGGCUGCCAUGUCUCACGUAUUCCGCAUGGAAAACUGCCUUUUCCCAUGACAGUUAAGAGGGCUCUUUCGUGCCUAUGCAACACAGACUCUCGAGUCCUGCCAGACAAGCAUGACAAACUUGCAUUCUUCUAGACCCAGACAUUUUUGCAUUUGAUACCGUGGGGCAGGCGGCCAAACAAAAUCCGGACUUUAUGAUCAUAGCACGACUGGAAGCCCUGAUCGCGGGCGCGGGCGAAGAGGAAGCACUGAAAAGGGCAAAGGCGUACAUCGAGGAGGGAAAAGUAGGAUGAAUCAUCAUCAUGUUGAUGGUCGUCGCGUAAAUUCAAAUCAAUAUCUCGCAGCGGUCGUGUGAGCAGUGUUGAUUCUUUUUUUUCACGCCAAAUAUUAACGAAGUUAUUGGAUGUAUGAAUAUGAAAAGGUCUUUUUGGAGGAGAUGAAGAUGAAGAAGUCAAGCAACUCUAUCUAGGUCCAAACAUCCAAUUUCAGGUCGAUGGCAUCAUGAUUCACAGCAAGGAGAAGAAGCCGGACGAGGUGCUUUCCUUUAUGGAGCAGUACAACAAGUUUCCAAACAAGAAACCGCUCGUGGUCGUUCCCACCAGCUACAACAGCCUCACCGAAGAGGAGUUGGCAAAGGCAGGCGCGUCCAUCUGCAUCCAUGCGAACCACCUGAUUCGGGCGGCGUACCCCUCCAUGGUGGAUGUCGCGGAGAGCAUUUUGAAGCACGGCCGCUCCAAGGAAGUGGAGGACGAGGGGCGGGUCAUGGGGGUGAAGAAAAUCAUCUCGCUGAUAGACGAGUAAAUCAAACACGUACAAUCACCAGGGAAUUUUUUGAACCAGAUAAAACUAGAAUCGCACAGAUGAGUAGACCGUUGCACACCCCCUGGAUCGCUGUCGUUUCCACUCGAAACGAUUACCCUUCCAGCACAGCUCCAUCGUUGAGGUGGCGUGUGUUGAAAUGAAUGCAUCAUGGUGUAACAAAAACAAACCAAAUCCGUAUCUUCCGCAGAGGCACAGAGCCGGGCUCGUUUUAUUUCCAUGAAAGAGAAC